UGCCGUGCGGAAAGCUUUUACGGUUAUGAAUUAACUUUCGACAGGUUGCGACUGGGCCGCUCCAUUAAAUCAUGUGGAUAAUCAAGUGACAGUUCAUAAAAGCCAGCGCCGGUUCUGGUAUAAAAACUUUGCGACAAACAGAUCUAGAGUUUGUCAAGCAGCCGCUGCACUCACAUAUCCGGAUUCGGGAAACAUUUGUUCCGAUAUAACUCCCACGUAAUUUUGUUUGCCUACCUUCGACACGUGAACAAAGCGACCUUCGUUCGGAUAUUUAAUUAUACCAAUCCUCUUCUCUAAUUACUCGCCAUGGACUUUAACGAUACCGAUGUAUUUAACCUGACGGAAUAUAAUUCGACUUUAUUUGGUGACAAUUAUACGCUAUGCGACAGUAACUGCACAACCGAGCCGCCGGUGGUCAAUGUCACCGCGAACAGCACAUCGAAUAUCACGGUGCCCGAUAUGGCGUAUCCGAUCGAGGUCACUGUUUAUAUUCUGGCCGAUACGAUAAUAUCCUCCUUAUGGAUCGUGCUGGCCAACUCCCUCAUUCUUGGAUCCUUUCUGACCGAUCCUAAAUUACGUAUUAUCCAGAAUUACUAUAUCGCCAGUUUGGCCUUAUCGGAUUUCUGCAUGGGUGCGUUUGUCUUGCCACUGGGCGGUUACCAGUUCGUCUUCGAAGGCUGGCCCAGCAACGACUUGCACAUGUGUAAAUUCUGGAAUUUCAUGGACUUUGUCAUGUCCAUACAAAGCAGUCUGUCGGUCUGUUUAAUUAAUUAUGACCGUUACAAAAUGGUCCUCCAUCCCAUUGCGUACCGCAACGAAGAAUCACCAAAAAAAGCCCUGGUGCGCAUCUUUUGCAGCUGGAUAUUUUCUAUUCUAUUUUAUGGUCCGGUGACGCUGUUCUGGGACACGAUUGCCGGCUAUUCCGUCCUGCCGCCGUAUCAGUGUGAUGUGGAAUUUAAAGACGAAAUCCGGGCGACCAUUCCGCAGGCCGUCGUGGAAUUCGGUGGACCACUGACCGUGAUCUGCUUUUGCAAUCUGCGCUUAAUGAUUUACAUUCGCAAACGGCGCAGAAAGAUGAUGGAGAUGAAGCGGAAUUUCGACAACACCCCGGUGACCGAUGUCACCACGGACAACGACGACACCGAGACGAAAGCCGUGAAAAAAGUCGCCUUGACCAAGGAGCAGGAGAAGCAGAAAUCGGAGAUGCAGGAGUUUCGAAAGGAGCAGCGCGCCGUCCGGAGUCUGUUGAUCUUAGUGGGUGUAUACUUUUGCUUGUGGUUUUUCUACGAGAUGAUCGGCAAUUUCGUUGGACCAAUCUGCAACUGUGUCCCGGAUUCCGUGUACCGCGCAUCUUACUGGAUACAGUAUCACAUAUCCGGUGUCAAUCCGAUUAUCUAUGCCGUCACCAUAGAAAGGUUUCGCUACCAUUAUCAGAUUUUCUUCUCCUACAUCUUCCCGUGCUGUGUCAGUCAUCCAAGUAAACAGCGCAAGAAACGCGUGGCCCCGGCCAUAUCGGCCAUCGCUACCGGCAAUCCGCACUCCAACACGGCACCGACACAGCCUCGCCAGUCACAAACUGUUUCGUCGUAACAUUUGUGUCUUUUCUUGCCGACGCAUAUCCAGUCACAAUUUUUUUCAGUAUUUGCUUCCGCGCGAUAACAAAAUGUGCUACAAAGCGACAUGCAGCAAUGUAUAAAUAAAAUGUUGUGCUAUGGUAUUUCCUCAACUUACACUUAUGUGUUAUAUACAUUUAUGUUGCUAUUAAUGAUGAAGUUCAAACGCAAA